CUUCAGUGUUGUCGUCGGCUCAGUCUGAGGACAGACACGUUCCCUUCUCUCUCCUGCUGGAGUGAAGCUGCUCUGUCCUGGCAAACAUCUGGCCUCCAUGAGUACUGCUGGGGAAAUCCUCCCUGUCCCUGAAGAUGGGCAAUACCUCAGAAACAACCCUUUUUGUUUCCACAAUCCCAAAGGAGCAUGAUGUCUUCAUGGGUUCCUUAUACACAGUCUUCUGUAUUCUGUCCUUACUAGGAAAUGGCAUUCUGCUUUUUGUGGCAUAUCGUAAGAGAUCGUCCCUGAAGCCAGCUGAGCUAUUCAUCAUAAAUUUGUCUAUUAGUGACCUGGGGAUGACAGUUUCUUUGUUUCCUCUAGCGAUUCCAUCAGCAUUUGCUCACAAGUGGUUGUUUGGGGAGUUGACCUGUUUAUGCUACGCUGUAUGUGGUGUUCUUUUUGGAUUGUCAAGCCUGACAAACCUUACAGCUCUCUCUUCUGUCUGCUGCCUCAAAGUCUGCUUCCCAAACUACGGUAAUACAUUUUCCUACUCUCAUGCCUGUCUGAUGAUAGUGGGCGUGUGGUGUUAUGCCACCGUAUUUGCCGUGGGGCCCAUGGCAGGUUGGGGCCACUACGGGCCUGAACCCUAUGGGACAGCCUGCUGCAUAGACUGGUAUGCACCACGCCAAGACGCUCUGUCUAUGUCCUACAUCGUCUGCCUCUUCCUCUUCUGCUAUGCCCUCCCAUUAGCCAUCAUUGUCCUCUCCUAUAUCAUGAUCCUAAUCACUGUGCGAGGAUCACGGCAGGCCAUACAGCAACAUGUGUCUGCACAGACCAAGACGACAAAUGCACAUGUCCUCAUUGUAAAGCUUUCAGUGGCGGUCUGUAUUGGUUUUCUGAGCGCAUGGAGCCCCUAUGCGGUUGUGGCAAUGUGGGCUGCAUUCGGAGAACCCGAUCAAGUCCCACCUCUAGCUUUCGCUCUAGCAGCUAUCUUUGCCAAGUCCUCCACCAUCUACAACCCUGUGAUCUACCUGCUAUUUAAACCCAACUUUCGUAAAUCUUUAAGCAGGGACACAGCUCAGAUACGCCGACGAAUUUGUUCCAGCCCAUGCAAGGCAAGCCCUGUUCCUGAAGGAAAGGAUCUUUACCCGCCAGCAUCCCUACGUUACAAAAAGGAAGUUAGCAAUUCCACUCGCUUUUCCAAUGGCCUGGGGGAAAACCACGAUGCAUGUGUUCAGGGCACGGAAACAGACCAUUAUUAUCAAAAGGACACGCCUUUAAGAACUGCCUGUGUGCUCAUGGGUACAACCUACAGCGAGGCGCCUGUGAGUCAGCUGCCAGAGGCAAUGCAAGUUGACCUAAUGUGAACGCCUUUUCCUAGGACAAACGUGAGGAAAGAUGAAUGAGUGCCUGGAAAUGUAACCUCUGGCCAACAGAGAUAAGCACAAGAUGUUGUGUAUUUGGGUCAGAGAUGAUGAAAGAAGAAACUGUUAAUAUGAUGCAUAAUUAUAUCAAAUGCACAAUAUAACGCAUAGCCACAUAAAUAUUUUCAGGGGAUUCAAUUAGCAAAUAUUUUAUCUAAGGUUUAUUUUUAUAGUGUAAAUCAUAUGUAGCUAAUGUAUUUGUUAGGAUAAGAGCAUCUGCCAGAUGCAUACAAUUAAAUCUGAAUAAACAUGAAAAUAUGUAAGCUUAGUAAAGGGUUAAUUGGGGUUGAUGUUGGUGGGUUAUUAAAGGGGCCAUGGCAUGAAAAUCUGACUUUUUCCAUGUUUACGUGC